GGAUUCAAGAGCGUGGCUUGAACACUAUUUUUCUGAUAAACCUAAUCAGGUCUUUGCAGAUGAAUGCUUGAAAUUUCCCAUGGAGAAACUUCACCAAGUUUUCAGUACAGGUGAAAUUACGGGAGAACAUAUAAUUGACAUCAGUGUUGGCCCCUUACUUCACCUUAUACAUUCAGCAUGUGAAUAUUUUCCACACAUCUAUAUACUGAGGUUCCAAGAACAAUGCAUUAUGGAGCUGAACAGAUGGCUGGAUAAACGUACUGGAGCGUUUCAAUGGGGUCAUGCAAUAGCAUAUGCUGCAGCAUUAGAAGGAAAAUGUGCUGGUCCCGACUUCUUCGGCAACCAUCGAAUACUCAGUGGCCAAUAUGAGGAUAAAGUAAUGAAGGUGAAGACAGGAAUAACAGAGAUCAUACAAUGUGACCUUAAAAAAGAAAAUCUCACAGACCCUGUGGUGCUCCCACUAGCAGACUGUCUAAUCACUGCCUGGCUGCUUGAGAUCAUCAGCAAAGACAAAGAUGAAUUUAUAAGCAAUCUGAAGAAAUUUCUUAAAUUGUUAAAACCUGGAGGAAAUGUAAUAUUAAUUGGGAUUAUAAAUGCCACUUAUUAUACAGCUGGGCGGGAGAGAUUGUAUGUUCUUACAUAUGAUGAGAAUUUUUUAAAAAAUGUUCUUAUUGGAGAAGGGUUUAUUAUUGACCACUGUGAUGUUCUCAACAGAACAUCAGUAAGUGAUCUUACUGAUUAUAAGGCAAUUUCAUUCACCUCAGCUCACAAGGUAAUUCUGACAGAUGGCCAAAGUCCAGGGUCUGGAACUCCGGAAUCACUUGGAAUACCAAUGCCUGAGUCCCAUACCUCGGCAUCUCAACUGUAAGAAUGCCAGCGUUUUAAAAUUUUUAGU